GUUUUUAGUAUGACAAUGAAUGUCCCGAUAACGAGGAAAGAUGAGCUCAAAAUUGAAAAUCAAAGUUCUUUCUAGAAAUCCAGAUGAAUACAUAAGGGAGACAAAGCGAGAUAUUCAUAAAGUUCCAAGAAACUACGACCCAAGUCUUCAUCCAUUUGAAAAUCCGCGUGAAUAUGUACGUGCAUUGAAUGCGACCAAGCUUGAACGGGUAUUUGCUAAGCCAUUUGUUGGUGCCCUUGAUGGCCAUAAAGACGGUCUGAACACCUUAUGCAAGCACCCAACCAGUUUGAGUCAUUUGUUGUCUGGCGCCUGUGAUGGAGAGGUACGUGUCUGGAAUCUAGCUCGCCGACAGUGUGUGAGUGACAUCCAAGCUCACGAUGGCAUGGUGCAGGGCCUGACCUUUCAUCCAACAGGAAAAACCUUCCUCACAUGUGGUAGUGACAAAGUAAUAAAACAAUGGAUCAUAGAUGAAGAAGGUCAGAUAGAAAAAGAACCAAGGACUACCAUCCUUGGCAAGACAGUGUUCCAGUCCAUUAGUCACCAUGGUGCAAAGAACAUAUUUGCCACAUCUGGAGAACAGGUAGAUAUCUGGGACUCCACACGGACAGAGCCACUUCGCAGCUUUACCUGGGGCGUUGAUAGCCAGCAGUUUGUCAAGUUCAACCCAGUAGAGAGAGAUAUACUUGCCAGCUGUGCUUCAGACAGAAGUAUCAUCUUGUAUGACAUGAGAGGUUCCUCGCCCCUCAGAAAGGUGAUACUGAAACUAAGCUCCAAUGCUCUAGCAUGGAACCCAAUGGAGGCCUUCAAUUUCACUGUGGCUAAUGAAGACUACAAUUUGUACACAUUUGACAUGAGGAAGUUGUCCAUUCCUAUGAAUAUACAUAUGGAUCAUGUGUCUGCUGUGAUGGAUGUGGACUACAGUCCUACAGGCAAGGAGUUUGUUAGCGGCAGUUAUGACAAAUGUCUCCGCAUCUUCCCCGUCACUAAAGGUCACAGCAGGGAGAUUUACCACACAAAGAGAAUGCAGAAGGUGCGCACAGUACAAUGGACACUUGAUAACAAAUAUAUUCUGUCUGGAUCUGAUGAAAUGAACAUUCGCAUCUGGAAGGCCCGAGCUCAUGAAAAAAUGGGUGUGUUACGACCUCGUGAGAAAACAGCAUUAGAAUAUGGUGAGAAAUUAAAGGAAAAGUUUGCCGACCAUCCUCUGGUAAAGAGGAUCUCAAGACACAGACAUAUACCACAUGUAGUGUACCAGUCAGCCAAGGAACACAGAAUAAUGAAAGAUUCUCAGAGACGCAAAGAGGCUAAUCGCAGAGCACACAGCAAACCUGGAAAAGUACCAUAUAUAUCUGAACGCGAGAAACGUGUACUUGGUGAGGUGGAGUGAAAUUCGUGUCUUUGGAGACAACACAUCAAUACAUGGUUCUUAACUAACAUUUUUUUGAUACAUGACUCAAUGGAACAUACAUUUAUCAUGAAUUUUUAUUAAAAUUGUUUUAAGAAUUAAAGGUAUUCCAGAUAUGUA